AAUCACACCGGAAGUACUCUCAGAAGUGUUUUCAUAUUACUUUUACUGUGAAAGAAAGCACAGCGAACCAGAAGUACAGUAGGCAGCCAAACUUCCGCCUUCAUGCUGCUUUCAAGUCCACUCGCCCAAGUUGAGAUUGGUCGCGGUGAUCAGCAGCAGAUGGAGGAGGCGAGGAGGAGAAGCCUGGCCCUCCUUACCGCAGGGCUAAGCCAGAGCGUAAAGACCGACGUCCAGUUGAUGGCCAACUUCCCGCUGCCGCUGUCCCAAAAGUACCCUCACCUCCAGGUGGAGACCAUGCUAAAGGAAAAUGUGUCUGGCAGCAACAGAGCUCAGGUGUUGGAGUCACUGAAUAAUUUGGUGAAGGCCUUGAACAUCCUUGAGAAAUAUGGCUGCAAUCUGACCAGCGUCAUCAGGCCUAAAUUCUGGCGCAUAGUUAAGUACAACAACCCGGUCUUCAGAUCCACUGUGGACGCCACUCAGGGCGGCCGCGCGGUGCUUCACCUCUACGGCUACACCAAACAGCAGUUGGACGGGCUCAGCUUUCCCGAUGACGUCACCGAGCCUGACCGUGACACUGUCGCCAUGGUGACGCUGGAAGUCAUGAUCUUGCGUUCGGAGCUGUACAUGCUCGUCAAGGGCACGCAUCCUCAUCAGGAAGUCUUCAAAGACCUUCUCCCGGGGUUGGACGUCCAACAGGACGCGCUGGUGACUGACGCCACCGUGAUCCCGCCGCCAAAGGACAAGUCAGCACACAAGCCACCGCCUCCCCCUGUGGCGCCCAAGCCCAGACUAGACCGAGUCGGAGGACAAGCUCCGAAAGCGCCACCGCAAUCAUCAUCAUCGGGCCAGUGCAAUCUGUGCGGCGGGUCCGCAACGCUACUCUGCCCGUCGUGUAAUGGCCAGUCCUUUUGCGACGCGUGCGACGACCUCUUCCAUCGCCACCCUGCCAGGACCGAUCACAAGCGAGACCGAGUACCGAAAGCCACGCAGGGGAUGUGUUCCAUCUGUGGCAUGUCACCCGCCCACGCUCAGUGCGCCACGUGCGUGCAGAUGUUGUGCCGCAAGUGCGACGAACUCUUCCACUCGCAUCCCGAGCGCAAAGGACACAGCAGGACAGUGCUGGCGCCCACCAAGAGCAACGGCGCUCCUCGGCCCACGUGGACGUGCAUUCACUGCGCCGUCGUCAACAAGCCGCACGACUCGCUCUGCGCUACGUGCAAACGCGGCUCCACGCCCACCAACGCAGAGUGGCAGUGCAAGAACUGCACGGUCAUCAAUCCAGGCAGCAGCGUCCUGUGUGAGGUGUGCGAGCGCCCCCGUCUGGCCCCUCGCCCAUCGAUCACCCCGGUGCUUUCCAGCCCGGCUUCGAGUUUUGGUUCGAACGCCGGAGAACAGCCUCAAUGGAUGUGUCAGUCGUGCACCUACGCCAACCCCGCGUCCGCAGAGGCGUGCGAGGUGUGCGGCUCUCCGGGCAAAGCGUUGGACGGAGCUCCGCGUCCUCCCGAGGCCUCGGGCGACAUCGGCCGUAAAAGCGCGCCGCCGCAGCCCAAGCCGAGAGCCACCUUGGAUGCCAAAAGGCAGGAACGCAUGAAGGAAGACGGGCUGCUCCUCAUACGCCAGAUCAAAGAAGCCGAGAAGCGCGGCAUCAGCCCCGAGGAAGUGUACGCCGCGCUGCGCUCGUGCGGCGCCGGCGUCAGAGACCCAUGCGAUUGGCAGACGUCGGAACUGCCGCACCUGCUGGACGAGAUCUGCGCCAUGGCCGCCUCGGUGCACACGGGCGUCUCGACCGCAGGCGAUGGCAUCAAGCUGUCCAGGGCCGAGGCCAAGCUGGCCUGGCUGACCGCGGGCGGCGACGCCGAGCGAGCCGCCACGCAGCUGCUCAGGGACCGACAAAUGAAGAUGAAUGAGCUGAACUCUCUGGGCUUUCGAGACGCCCGUCGGUGCGAAGAGGCCCUGCGGCAAAGCGGCGGCGAGGUGAAGGGAGCCCUGUCGGUGCUGCAGCGCCCCCUACUGGACGCCUUCCACAAGCGCAUCUGGAGCGAGCAGCCCGAGCCGUCUGUGGAGCCCAACCACCCCGACAAAGAGCGGAUGUGCCGUCGUCUGCUGGCGCUGUACGAGCUGCCCAGCUGGGGGCGCUGCGAGCUGGCACUGUCGCUGCUGCGGGAGCCGGACGUGGCCUACUCUCUGGAGGACGUGGUGCAAGCCGUCAGGGAGUCGCACGACCGCGACUUCAUCAGGCGCGUCCUCAACAACGAGUGUCCCUGCUGCCUGAGCAUCUUCCCUCGAAGCAAGAUGCAGUCUCUGACGUCAUGUCAGUGCUCGGUGUGUCUGGAGUGUUUCACCCAGCACUUCACCAUCAUGGUGCGCGACAGGCACAUCUGGGACAUGGUUUGUCCCAUCUGUCGCGGGCCCGACAUCACCGAUCCCGAGGAGCAUGACAGCUACUUCUCCACGCUGGACAUCCAGUUGCGGGAAUGUUUGGAGCCUGACGUCUACGACCUCUUCCACAAGAAGCUCACCGAGCACGUGCUCAGGAAGGACCCCAAGUUUUUGUGGUGCAGCCACUGCGUGUCGGGCUUCAUUAACGAAGGCGACCAGCUGAAGGUGACGUGUCUGUCCUGCUGCAACAGCUUCUGCGCUAAGUGCAAGAAAGCGUGGGAGCCGCAGCACCAGGAUCUGACCUGCGAGCAGUUCCAGCAGUGGAAGCGGGACAACGACCCCGAGUACCAGAGGCAGGGCCUGGCCGGCUACCUGAGGGACAACGGCAUAACCUGCCCCCACUGCCGCUUUCAGUACGCGCUGACCAAAGGCGGCUGCAUGCACUUCCGCUGCUCCCAGUGCAGGUACCAGUUCUGCAGCGGAUGCAACAACCCUUACUACACGACGGGCUGCAGGACGGAACAGUGCCCUUUCACGAACUUCCACACUCAUCAUCCUCGCGACUGCCUCUUCUACCUGCGGGACUGGGAGGCCACGCAGCUGCAGGCGUUGCUGCAGAGGAGCGGCGUGGACUUCAACACGGAACGUUCGGAUGAACCGCAAGCAGACACAUGCGGCGUAAUGGAGCAAAAGGACGAAGGCGGUCAGACUGCGGACUCGCCGUGUGGCGUCCAGACUCAGCCGGGCCAGGCCGGACUCUGCGAGAAACACUACAGAGAGUACCUGGUCAGUCUGAUCAACGCUAACUCGCUGGACCCCGCCCCUCUGUACGACGCCCACGACCUGAUUCGAGCCUGCGAACGCUACCGUGUGGACACGCAGAGGGCCGACAACGAGGAUGACAACGCCUACCACGCUCGAAUGCGCAAGAAACUGAUGGAGGUUCCUCUUGGUGAAAAGGUUCCCAGGAACACAACUCACCAGCAUCACAGAAGCUGAGCCAGCUUCCGUCCGCCGUACACG